AUGGCCACCCCGUGUCACCCCUAUCAAGGCCUGCCCCAAACCCCCGCCCUAACCACCUCUCGAUCAAUCGCAACCCAGCAGGGGCCAGGCAGCCGCAGACCCAAACAAGGACCAUCUGGCAGCAGUGUUGGGCCAGGCGCAUGACAAAGCCAUGCAUGGUGUUUCAAAACACUUGAGGCCAGCAGUCUGUGUCCAGCUAGGUGAACUGUCUGCGCUGAUGGGAGGAGCAAAGAAGGCGACAAUGGCGGACUUGCUAUACUUCUACAUGAUGAACCCCGAUAAGGCGCACCAACGGCUAAUGCUUGCCGGCUAUAAAGCUGGUGUGAAUGGGGGUGAUGCUAGAGCUAAGGCGGAGCAGCACCUCGAGGCUUACGGAAAGCUGUUUGAUGCAAGGGCCAAGCAUGGAUUGGACUCAGCAUCCAAAAUCAUUGACCAAGAGGACCGCCAAUUGACAGGGCUCACCUACAACUUUCCCUCUUACGAAGAGGGCACGAAGGGGAAACUACGGCCCGUGCAGGGAUGUGGGUGGGGCGGGGCCCGGAGAGGGAAGAAGUAUGAGAGUCAGCGUGCAAGAGGCCACGGAGAGCAGAACGGGCCCCCACAAGCCGGGGAUGCUCCCAUCACUGGAGCACAGCCCCCACCGUCGAAGAAAGCCAGCCCGGCAAGCCAUGCAACCAGGACUUUUGAUGAUGCAACGCCACCGACCGAACUGUCGGGCUCAACCAAACGCGCAAAGCGAGCGCGGGCUGUGCCAGUUCCCAGGGGAUGGUCAGCAAGCCCCUCCCUUGACGAUGUCCCGGAAAACCGGGUAUGUCUAAUGAAGGCAAAACACGUGCUCACUGAGCUUGCCACCCUGCGAAUGUGUUGCCCGGAUAAGGCGUGCACGGGAACCAUGACUUUGAUCUCAUAGAAUGACGCAUGGGCAUGCAUCGGUUGGUACUGGCACUGCGAUAAGUGUACAAAAAGCAAGGAAAUGUGGUCCAGUCCAAAAAAGGAACACUUGUCCAGCUUGAGAAAGCCGGGACCACGAACAUCCUCGUUCAUGUACAAGUUUGUUGGGGCAUUUGCCCUUGCUGGACAAGGGUAUCAAGUCAUGUGGGAAGUCUGUCGAAACCUUGGGUUAUGCAACCCAGGGAAGAGUACCUUCUAUCGUCUAUUACGGGGGAAGGGGGGCUUAUGGAAUGCCAUCACCACAGCUGCUAGCAGGUCGAUGGCCAGCGUGCGUGAAAGCCUGUCGCAGCGCUUGGGCGGCGCGGGAUUUAUCAGUGUCGAUGGGAGAUGGUCCCAGGCACGGGAAGCGGAGUGGUGCACUGUGUCAUUUCUGCAUCCAGAGUGUCGGAAGAUUCUCCAUGUUGAAAACACUAAAAAGUGGGAGCACGACCCUUCCUCUCCCAAGUUGGAGGGUAUCGCCUUCAAUAACGGCAUGGACUUCCUAGCCAGGACCGGGUUUGAGAUGGAGGGUAUCGUGACUGAUGAGAGUGGGACUUUCCGAACCGCCGCAGCAGAGAGAGGGGUUCCGCACCAAGUCGAUUGGUGGCAUAAGCGGCGUUCGGUGUCGAGGUGUUUUGAGGUCGAAGUGCAGGACUUGCUCAGGCCAGUGAUUGCAAUCGCUAACUCCGCCCCGCUGUAUUUCCGAGGGGUGGGGAGAGGAGAGUGCUAUUUAUGCAAAGGGGUCAGCAGCACACAAGGCAGUGUCCGCGUGGUUCGAGAAGAGGCUAGGGCCAGCACAGGAGGCGCCUUUCAUCCGAGGAGCGAACAGCUCAAUCAAUGAAUCAUUUCAUUCAUUGGUGUGCAAGUAUGCUCCGAAACGGUUGCGGUUUCGUGGUAGUAUGGUGGCACGAGUUGCAUUAGCAGUUUUGCACUGGAACAGUUGUGUGGACCGCCUCGUGAAGGGGUAUCGCAUACGGGUGAGGCGGGCGACACGGGUUCAACGGGGCUCGGCGGUUCGUAUCUUGGGGCCCAUGGAUUGGUCUUGGGUAGAAGAGAUCAUGCAGCUGUGGUUGCGGGCGGGUGAGGAGGACCCAGAGGAGGACCCUGAGGAGGCUGACGACGGGGUGGAGGAGGGCGGAGAUGAGGCAGCCGGGGAUAACUGUCUCACCGAGAACAUCCGGGUGGUGCGCCCAUGCACCGUUGCUGGACCAGCCGCCUCCGGUGACUCGACGCCUAUGAGAGAUCUCAUGCUGCCUUUCAACCCCGGCUGCAUUGACUCCUUCGGAUGCAGCAGUGGUAUCACAGGGGUUGGCACCCCUACGCCCAUCCGAAGAGAUGCGCCAGCCCGACGACUCCUCAUUGGGAUUGCCGAAGUGCGCUGAAUGGUGCGAUGCCACCGGGUCACCGUUGCGCCACCAUGGCUGAUUCAACCCCUGCAGUGGUUGCCACCGGUUCCUUUCGGUGGCAGGUUGCGUCCCCAACUUGCGCGUGGUAACGGUUGGGCGUCUCAAGAUCCUAGGCGGAGGUGACACAGCUGGGGUCAUCGGUGGUUGGGGACGGUAUCCGCUUGCCAUAUGGGUCUUGAGUUGUUGAGUGUUACAAUAAACAUGGUUUUAGGAUGCUUGUUGGGUAAUCAAUCAGUAAACAUGGCCAUGAGGCCAUGCAACACGUGUGUCCAAUGGCCACUCUUGUGGCUGACGGUUUCAGCUAGCCCCCUUCUGCCUAGAGUAUUUAUGCAUAUGAGUCUUGU